GGAGCGACGAUUUUCCAGAUAUCAAAUUAGUAAAGUUUUACUAAUUUAAAUUGCUUGCAAUUUGCCGGGUAUUUUAACUAGAUCCCUAUUCUAUAUCAAAAAAACCAUCCUGCUUCUACUAAAUACACAGGUCUCAUGUAUUCCCAUAGAGGGAGAACGUAUACUCAAUUAUGUACGCAGGAAGAUAGAAUACCAAAUAAAAAUGAUGUAUUUUUAUCAUGUCGAGUCUCUCUCGCGAUGAGUUCCAAGGUCCAUAGCAGCUGGAGAGCCCUCCAAAUCAAGUCCUCCAAGUCCUACCAAUCCUGCCAAUCCUGCCAAUCCUACCCAAUUCAUGCUACAAAAGGUUUAUAUAAUCAUCCCCUCACGUCUCGGCGUCCCCUCAAACAUAUAUAAUUGCAACCCUUUGGUCUUGUCAUGCAAAGAUGCCGGAAACGGUGGGACACAGAUUUGGGAAAGUAGGUGCGAAAGUAUGUUUCGUGAUUCUAUACGGUAUAUACAAGGUUGUAAAAUUCACUUACAACACCACAUCAGAUACCGUUGAUGCUGGAUAUAAAGCCUGCAACCUUUACCGUGUCAACACACGUCGGUUACCCAAGUCCAAGCCCAUAGCCACGGAGUCACCUGGAUCCAAUAUGAAUGCCACCACAGGCAGGGCCACCUCAUUUCUACACUUACCGCCAGAGAUCCGCCUCUACAUAUACUAUCUCACACUGAAACGGAAUGCCGUUACACAGGUCAACUCUUGUUACCCGCUCUGGGGGUCCCGUCCUGUCAGCUGGGCUGUAGGGCAGGGUAUCCGUAGCGACGACGAUGAGCCUAGCGAGUCACUGCGCAUCAUUAUCGGGCUAGGUGGCUCUGCCUUGAAACAACUGGUCGCUCCGCCGAGACGCGGUUGCGUGAGCUACGGUUGCAUAUCGAGGCUAAUAUGCGGCGAAAGGUCGCACUUCGUCCCGGGAUGGGUGGAAUCUGAGAAAGUAGUAUUCUAUACUGAUCUGAUGCGCACGUGUCGUGUCGUGUACGGCGAGGUCCUAGACAUACUGUAUUCGGAAAACACCAUCUCGUUGUUCGGCGCUGAGAUGGCGCGCUACUUUUGUCGAAACGCAAGCCCCGAGGGUCUUCGCAGGGUGCGUUUCGUACACUUGGCGCUCAUUAUGCCAUCCACCGGCUGGGACUCGUCAUCGCAGCAGAAGACUAUUCGUGGAGCAAUGCGCAUUCUCCAGGAAUCCCUCUUGGGUCUACAACAGCUUGACGUAGAAGUGGUGCUUACAUGGGGUCAACCUAAGGACCCGCGACGAUUCUGGGAUUGGUUGAAGGAUGAAGUGUUUGGACAACUUCGUGGACUACAAACAUUUGUGCUGAAGGUUUCCGUAUAUAAGCCAUUCGCGCCGCCGGAAGUAGGAGGUUACGCUGCAUGGAUGCCUCAGUGUGAGCCUUUAGACUCAUGGCGUGAUGGUCAAUACCGAGCUUUGAAGGACAGGGCGACCUCAUCAGAUGAAGCAGUAAUGUGAUAGGGUUCUUGGAUGCUCAUGUCCACUUAGGCAUUGAGGUAUAU